AUGAGCACCUAUUUGCUAGGGUUGCAAUUGUACAAGAAACAUUCACUACCAUUCGCCAGUCUUGCAACGCCACAAGGCAGCCAACACUCUCGCCUCCGCCGUCAAACAGAAGCUGCAAAAGGAGCUGCCGACCAAGCGGCAACAGACCAACCCCUCGGCGUCGGAAUGGAUUCACAGGGGCCUCAAAUGGCGAUCGAGGAGACCCCUCUCAGUGUUGAGAUGAACCCUCAAGAGCCUCCAAAGACAAUCUUGGACCUCCCUACCGAACUCAUUGGCAUGAUUCAGCAAGAGUUGCCUCUUUAUGAUGCCAUCAAACUUGGCCUUGCCAGUCGCCGGCUUCAUCGAGCCACAGACCCUCGAUUGUGGGCCAAAGUCCGGUGUAGCAUCCAAAAUGACAAAAACAGGGGCGUCAAAUAUGUAGCCAAAGGUGACGAUCUAGUUCAUGAUGAGGAAAGAUGGGCUUUUCUCAAGGGCCUCGAGCCCCAGGUCCCCCAUCUCGAACUAUGUCAUUACUGCCGCAUCUUCCAUCCCCGAGCAACGCUUCAAGACCAAUCUCUCUGGAGAGCCGCUCCCACUGGGGUUGAGUGGGCUUUGACCUGUGACAACAAGGAGGUCCAUUUCCGGCGUCUGGGUAUCGAAUGGGGCUUUGGCUUUCGUGAUAUUUACGCCAUCAUGACAAACCAUGCACUAUCGCGCCAACACGGUAUUCCCCUUAGCGAUUUGUGCAUCUCUACCGACUGGACUUUCGUCAAGGCAUACAAAAACCUCCACAACGCUUCGCGGUCGCCUUUCAAGCGCUUUGUCAGCUAUACAAAACUGGACACCGAGGCUAUCAUACACCAUGGCCACCUGCAAGUCCACAGAAUCCAACGACUAUGGGUGCCGAUUCACCUACAGGGAACCGACGUCCUUAUUCGAUACGGUGCUGGCGAUCUUGCAGGUGACUUCAAAAUCUGCAUGCACCACGGACCUCAAUCUGGCGAAAUGAUAAGCAAUUUUACUAUUCCCCUUCGUGAAGGUCUCAAGUAUGUUCUGGCAGAGCGAUCAGUAUCAGGCAGCAAUCAAGAUGGGCCCCUGCCACGUAUUAUCAAGCGUUGCGAGGACUGUCCUACCGAGUACUCCAUCUCGUUCCACGUCCACGGCGAAAAGAGCGUUGAGAUUGUUCUAGACGUCUGGCAAAAUCUUGGCGACUGUCAAUUCGCUCAGGCUACUGGCUGGUUCCAAAAUCUGGCCCAUAACCAAUUCCCUAUGAUUCCUGGCUGGCUGAACUGCUGGGGCAUGCUCAAUCCGCGGGUCUGCGACAUCGUGACCGACGAGGCGGCACGAACUUCGUGGCACCAAAGCGCCGCUCAUUAUGUGGCUGAUGCCAGCGUCUUCCCUACACCUGCUUGGAAGAGCGAGGUAGCCCAUGCCUCCUCGACGCUCGUGUUGCAAGAGUUUGCACAGCUUCAGAGUCAAGUUGCCGCCUCUGGACACUCUCAUGGUGUCAAUCUGGGCGUCGUGCCCCAGCUUUCUUUGGGCCAUCUCCGGAAUAUCAGAUCGAGCUAUGUGAAUGCGCGAUAUGAAGCCAACCUCCGCCGCAGGUUACCCCCCUUUCUUCACAAGUUCCGCCUACAUGACGGACAAGAAGUCCCAUUCGACGAAAUCAAAUACACACGGACAAAGUACUAUGGCAGCGGAAGUGCCCGUUCGACCGACAUGUCCAGAUAG